AUGGUAUCAAAAAAUAUAUCAAAUUUGUACUUCAGUAAAAGUUGGUCCCUUGUGAGAAAAAACUUUUUUUUUGUUCAGAUUGGCCGUGCAGUAGGAGGAUUUGAUAUGAAUGUAAGAGAAGCUUGGUUGAUGGGUUAUGCUGGCAGAAAUGUCUCAAUUUCAAUUCUGGACGAUGGCAUUCAAAGAGAUCAUCCAGAUUUGGUCCAAAAUUAUGACCCGUAUGCGAGUACUGAUAUAAAUGACCAUGAUGCGGAUCCAACACCUCAAAACAAUGGAGAUAAUAAGCACGGAACUCGUUGUGCAGGAGAAGUUGCAGCAAUUGCUGGGAAUGAUGUUUGUGGAGUUGGUGUUGCCUUUCUAUCAAAAAUUGGGGGUGUUAGAAUGCUUGAUGGCCCUGUUAGUGAUAGUGUAGAGGCUGCUUCUUUAAAUUUAAAUCAACAACAUAUCGAUAUUUAUUCGGCAAGUUGGGGGCCAGAAGAUGAUGGAAAGACAUUUGAUGGGCCUGGAAAUUUGGCACAGGAAGCGUUUUAUAGAGGUAUUAAACAAGGACGUGGAGGUAAAGGAAAUAUUUUUGUUUGGGCAAGUGGAAAUGGCGGUUCACGACAAGACAGUUGUUCAGCAGAUGGUUAUACUACUUCAAUUUAUACUUUAAGUAUAAGCUCUGCAACUUUUGACAAUCACAAGCCUUGGUAUUUGGAAGAAUGCCCGUCCUCUAUUGCUACAACAUAUUCGUCUGCUAAUAUAAAUCAGCCGGCUAUUGUAACAGUAGAUGUUCCAAUUGGAUGUACCAAAAUGCAUACUGGGACAAGUGCUAGUGCCCCCUUAGCAGCUGGAAUUAUUGCGUUGGCAUUGGAAGCAAAUCCAUCACUUACCUGGCGUGAUAUGCAACAUAUAGUUUUGAGGACAGCAAAUCCAAAUCCUUUACUAAAUAAUCCUGGUUGGGCAAUUAAUGGCGUUGGAAGGCGUAUUAGCAAUAAAUUUGGUUAUGGAUUAAUGGAUGCUGGUGCUUUAGUUAAAUUGGCAAGAGUUUGGCAAACUGUACCUGAACAGCAUAUGUGCACUUAUGAAUAUAUUUUGGAUGCACCAAGACCUCGCCCAAUUACUGGCCGUUUUGCAAUGAAUUUUUCCUUGGAAGUCACAGGAUGUCUUCAAGGCUUACCUGUACUCUAUAUUGAACAUAUCCAAGUUAUAACAACUAUACGUUUUGGUAAAAGAGGAGAUUUAAAAUUAACUUUGUUUUCUCCAAUGGGAACACGUUCAGUUUUGUUACCUCCGAGGCCACAGGAUUACAAUCAAAAUGGUUUCCAUAAAUGGCCUUUCCUAACAGUUCAAAUGUGGGGAGAAGAUCCUAGAGGAAUUUGGACAUUGUUGGUUGAAUCUAUUUCUACUAAUAUGAAUAUUGGAGGAAUAUUCAGUGAUUGGACAAUGCUUUUAUAUGGAACAGAAGAGCCAGCCCAACCAAGUGAUCAACGUUAUGGUCCAUAUGUUCCACAACAAUUUCAUCGUCCUUCUUCUGGUGGUAUUGGACAACCUUCUCAGGUAGGCACAAAUAAUCGGCGUGUAAAUGGAGGUGGUGGUGGUGGAAAUUUUAAUAAAAAUAUUGGAGGGGGAAGUGGUGGUGGUUGGCCCGGUUGGUUUACAGGCUCACCUACAGCUAAUAGACCAUUACAACACCAACAUAUAAAUAAUAAUAUACCUCCACCACAAUUAAAAAAGAAUUUUAAUAAUAAUAAUAAUGGAGGUGGAGUCUCCUCUCCUCAAUUCUCGUCGAAUAAUAAUAAUAAUAUAUUUGGCAAUUUUAUUAGACAUUUGAGUAGAAUUGUGAAUUCGAGACGAGAUUAG